GUAACUGAGUUGCACGCAACGUGAAAGUUGAUCAUGACGUGAAGAUCAUAUUUUUUCAAUAAUUUAAGUAGAAAGGAAUAAUAUAUGCAUAAAAAUGAAAACAAGAUUUAAUUCUUAUGACAUCGUUUGUACGAUAAGUGAGCUACAAAAGCUCAUUGGUAUGCGUGUAAAUCAAGUCUAUGAUAUUGAUCAUCGGACAUAUCUUAUACGUUUUCAACGCGGUGAAGAAAAAUGUGUCCUACUGCUAGAAUCUGGUAAUAGGAUUCAUACAACGGCAUUUGAAUGGCCAAAAAAUGUAACACCAUCAGGAUUUUCGAUGAAAAUGCGUAAACAUCUUAAAAAUAAACGACUUGAGAGUCUUAGUCAAAUAGGUGUAGACCGAAUGAUUGAUUUGCAAUUUGGAAGUGGUGAUGCAGCAUAUCAUAUAAUUUUAGAAUUAUAUGAUCGUGGAAAUAUAGUAUUAACAGAUUAUGAAAUGACUAUUUUAAAUAUUUUGAGGCCUCAUACAGAAGGAGAUAAGAUUAGGUUUGCUGUUAAGGAAAAAUAUCCGAUGGAUCGUGCUCAUCAAAAUACAAUGCCACCAAUAGAAAAUAUACAGGAACAUCUACAGAAUGCUAAAAUAGGAGAAAAUUUGAAAAAAGUAUUAAAUCCACUUCUAGAAUUUGGAUCUGCUGUAAUUGAUCACGUUUUAUUGAAAAGUGGAUUCACAUUGGGUUGUAAAAUUGGCAAAGACUUCAUUGUUGCAGAACAUAUGCCGAAAUUAAUUCUAGCAUUAGAAUAUGCAAAUGAAAUGAUGGACCUUGCCAGAAAAAAUGUUUCUAAAGGAUACAUUAUUCAAAAAAAAGAAUUAAAACCAACUGCAGAUAAUAAAGAAGACUUUAUCUAUACUAAUAUUGAAUUCCAUCCAUUUUUAUUUGAACAGUAUAAAAAUUAUCCAUACAAGGAAUUUGAUUCUUUUGAUGUUGCAGUAGAUGAAUAUUUUUCCACAAUGGAAGGUCAAAAAUUAGAUUUGAAAGCUUUGCAACAAGAACGGGAAGCUCUUAAAAAAUUAGAAAAUGUAAAAAAGGAUCAUGACCAAAGGUUGAUGAAUUUAGAAAAAACUCAAGAAUUAGAUAAACAAAAAGCAGAAUUAAUUUCUAGAAACCAAGUUUUGGUGGAUAAUGCCAUAUUAGCUAUACAAAGUGCUCUUGCAAAUCAAAUGGCUUGGCCUGAUAUAAAAAUGCUGUUGAAAGAAGCAGCGAGUAGAGGAGAUCCUGUUGCAUCUGCAAUUAAAUUAUUAAAAUUAGAAAUAAAUCAUAUUUCUUUAUUGUUACACGAUCCUUAUCAAGACAGUGAUGAGGAAUCAGAAUUAAAGCCUAUGUUAAUUGAUAUUGAUUUAGCACAUACAGCUUUUGGGAAUGCUAGAAAUUAUUACAAUCAAAAAAGAUCGGCAGCUAAAAAGCAACAAAAAACAAUAGAGUCACAAGAUAAGGCUUUAAAAUCGGCAGAGAAAAAGACAAAACAAACAUUGAAAGAAGUACAGGCAAUUCACAGCAUUAAUAAACUAAGAAAAAUAUAUUGGUUUGAAAAAUUUUAUUGGUUUAUUAGUUCUGAGAAUUAUCUUGUUAUUGGUGGAAGGGAUCAGCAGCAAAAUGAAUUGAUAGUAAAGAGAUACCUUAAAUCUGGAGAUAUAUAUGUUCAUGCGGAUUUAACUGGUGCUAGUUCUAUAGUUAUUAAGAACCCAAAUAAUGGCCCAGUACCUCCAAAAACGUUAGCUGAAGCAGGCACAAUGGCUAUUGCCUACAGUAUUGCGUGGGAUGCUAAAGUAGUAGCAGGAGCAUGGUGGGUAAAUAACGAUCAAGUAUCUAAAACGGCUCCAACUGGUGAAUAUCUUACUACUGGAUCCUUCAUGAUUCGGGGAAAAAAGAAUUAUUUACCACCUUGUCAAUUAGUCAUGGGAUUAGGAUUUUUAUUUCGUUUAGAAGAAAGCUCAAUUGAAAGACACAAAAACGAGAGAAAGGUCAAAAUUGUUGAUGACGAAAGUGAGCACACAGAUUCUCUUAUUGAAGAAGAUAGAGAAAUCGAAUUAAUAGAGGAUUCUGAAGAAGAUGAACAGUUUGAAAAUAAUUUAAAUCCUAUUCAAGAGGAGUCUAAAGCAGAUUUAAUUAUGGAAGAAAAUAAAGGAGAAAAUCAGGACGUUAGUGAUGAAGAAAAUAAUUUAUCUCAGUUUCCUGACACACAAAUUAGAAUUGAUGUUUCUGGUUCAAAAGUAAAAUUACAUAUUGACAAUAAUCAAUCAAGAGUAACAUCAAAAGACGAUUUAGAUGUAAUUUACUUAGGUGAUGAUAAACCCGUAAUAAUAAAUGCUACAAAUAAGCAAAAAAAUACUGAAGUAAAACAGAAACCUCUUCCUAAAAAAGAAAAUAAAGAAAAAACUGAGAUAGAACCUAAAAAAAAUGAUCAGAUUGUACUAAAACGAGGACAAAAAGGAAGAUUAAAAAAAAUGAAAGAAAAAUAUAAAGAUCAAGACGAAGAAGACAGAAGAUUAUCUAUGCAAGUUCUUCAAUCAGCAGGUGCUGCAAAAGAAGAUAAAAAGAAAAAUAAAAAUAAAGAUCCAUCUGGACCAAAGCAACAAACAAAAAAAAAAAAUACGACAAAACCAGCUUCUCUACCAAAAAAUACUCAAAUUGUAGAAAAUAUUGAGGAAGAUACAGGUCCAGGGCCUGAAGUAGAUAUGUUAGAUCAAUUAACAGGAAAACCUGUUGUAGAAGAUGAAUUACUAUUUGCUGUGCCGGUGAUAGCGCCCUAUAGUACUGUAUUGAAUUAUAAAUUUAAAGUAAAACUAACGCCAGGUACAGGUAAGAGAGGAAAAGCAGCUAAAACUGCUAUGGCUGUAUUUAUGAAAGAUAAAGAAAUCACUUCAAGAGAAAAAGACUUAUUAAAAGCUGUGAAAGAGGAAACAAUAGCUAGAAAUAUUCCUGGAAAAGUCAAAAUAAGUGCACCACAGAUACAGAAGCUUAAAAAAUAAAUAAUAAAUUUAAAAAAAUACAAUCUAUAAACAUCGUUAAUGAUAAACAUGUAUUUGUAUGUAUAUAGAAUAAUUUACUUGUACAGAAAUUACGCAAUAAAAUUUUUUAACUAAUA